GUUACGGUCUUGUUCUUGAUUGUUCGACGCUUAACCCAUGAUUCUGUCUGACAGUUUACCCUCGACCCUCUCUCCCAACUUCCCAAGUCCAAACUAAUCCAGAAAUCAGGAUCAUGUUGUUAAUGAGUCGGACUCUUCUUCCCACCCAUCUUCAAUGGAGGCCUCCGGUGAUUCCAAUCGCUACAGCGUGCUUCGCUUCUUCUCAAAGCCUCAACACAGACCAGCUCCGAGAACAGCUUGAUCAUCUACACAAGGAAGCUAACCAGACAAGACGCAAAGCAAAUAAUGCAAGACUGAGGCUACUAAGGUUGUCUGAAGUAGCAGACAAGCUUCGAAGGCAAGCUGCAAUUAGUGUUCGAUCUGGAAAGGAGGAGGAUGCCAAGGAAUUGCUUUUCCAAAAGAAAAAGGUUUUGCAAGCUAUGGAGAAGUCAAAGAAUCGCAUUGAAUUGCUUGAAAAACUUGCUGCAAAACUUAAUGAGGCAAUAUCAAUGAGGGAGACACAACUGAUUGGCAAUGCUUCUAUAGAACUUGAAGUUAUAGCCGACGAUAUUCCUAGUGUUGUUAGAAUAGUGUCUCUCAGAGAGAAUGAUUGUAACAAUUCAGAAGGAAGUGAAGUUCACAUUCGGGAAGAUGUCGAGGUUUGUAAUCCUCAAGAACUUCAACAUCUUAAUCACAGUGUGGCAGACCCUGAAGCUGAUAAUGAGGCAUCAGGUAGUGGGAACAUGUGGAGUGAAGCUGAAAGAGUGGAUAGCUUCAAUGGAAUAUCUUCAUAUGAGGACUUUGUGGAACAUAUAUAUCUAGAACUCAAAAAAAUUGAAGAUGAAGUAGUCACAGUUUUGAGAUUUGCAGGCUUGGUUAUUGAAAGCAACGAGAAACUAGAAAAUUCAAAGAUUCAACAACUACUGGACAUAUUAGAUAGCAUUCAACAUAUCAGAGAGAGGUACUCUUCAACAUAUCUGGCAACUGUUACCUUUUAAGUUCUGGUUGCUCAUCUUUUUCAUGCUUUUCCUAAACGUCAUGUUUUUUGGUAAUGUUUAUGUUUACCAUCAUUGCUUAUCAUUAUGGAAUAUCAAUAUUCUACAAUUGUGAUUAUGGAUGGCCCGGGAUCCAUUAUUAUAGUGAAAUAACUUAUGGUUUAAGAGCCUGCUUAAUGAUGCUACUUCGGUGCUCAAAGAUGUUUUUUUUGUUCUUUUCUAUAAUCUUCAUUCAAAAUAAAUUAGCUUAAAUCUAAUUUGUAUUAUAUCUAAUUUUUUGUCUAGGUUCCCACCUAGGUACCAGACUACCAGGUUGUGGAACCGAAAACCUUCAACAACAACAAACAUCCAAACCCUAAUCCUAAAAGAGUUUGGGCUGGGCUAAUAUGAAUCAACACUAAAAAAUGAUCUGAAAACCUUCUUGACUAUAAAAACUUCUCAGACACUGCAUUUAGGGACCUGCUGCAGCAUUGAAAAGCCCAGCCUCUUUUAGGAUUGUUUUUUGUUUCACUCUUAAAAUUGAACUGGAAUGACAUUAUAUUAUCUAUCCAUUUCUUAAUUUGGCUUCACAUUUCACAACUUCACUCAUGAAUAUUCAUAUUUUCAUUUUCCAAGUUUCCUCGUUUGCUAAAAGCCUAAAACCCAAGGCACUCACAUUUCGAAUCUCCUUGUUUCCAGGUUUAUUACAUUUGGUACUACUGGAAUAGCUUUUUUGACUUGUUUGGAAUUAAGUUAACUUAAGUACUUCAAUGGUAUCUACGUUGGAAUUGUGUCAUAUGUCAACCACAUAUUUGUAUUGUUGUACCUAACUUUAGUUGCUGUGCUAGUUGCCUAGCAGUGGUUUGGGCUAGCGAAACUUAGAACACAGAGUAAUAUGUUUUCUUCACUUGUUUGGAAUAUGUUCCCUUUACCGCACCAACGACUUAAUGGUUGUAAAUCAGACAUGAUAAUCCAUAAUACUUGCUCAACAUAUAGAAAGUGGAGUAUUUAUUCUAUAACUUAGUAAUUGAAUUUAAUAAGCUUAUCCAAAAAGCAUUAUAUAUAUAUAGGGUGCGGUUCCGGUGAGAACACUUCUUAACGUGAGAAAUGAGAACGCUCCAAAACGAUGCACUUUAUCAUUUAUGUGAAUGCACAUUUAUACUUUAAGUAAUGCAAAAUUCUAAUGUGCACUUUUUGUGAAAUAAUGGGAAAGGCUAUUACUUUUAAGUGUAAACCUUUGCACAGUUGAAAUGCACAUUUUCCAAUUUUUAUGUGCACAUUUCUGUUUUACUUGAUACACAAUGAUAAAAUCCAACGCUCCACAAUCAUUCUCAUUUCUCUCCUAAGAUGGUAUUCUCAUUUGAUCCUUACUAUAUAUACAUAUAUAU